AUGGUCGCGCCCGCUGUCCCCGAGUAUGUGCUCCUGAAACCUCUCGGUUUACGUGUUCCCCGGAGAUGCAUGUGCAUGGCCAUUGCUCGCUUCCAGCAAGGAAUCCAUGAGGAGGAGGAAAUCUUUGUUGCCGUCGAUGCGCGAACAGAGUCCUUGCAGAGCUUGCGGGAAUUGGGUCCCCCGGACCUGGUCUACUUGGUGAAGCAGCCUAAAGCCAAUUCAACCCGCCAGACCGGCGUAUACCACCAUGUCACUGGGAUCGAUGCCUCCUCGUCCGCUAGCUUAGCCGCCUAUGUUAAUACCCUUACAUUUUCACCCCUCGAUAAGACGCAUAAAGUGGUGUCGGGGAUCUACUGUUGCUAUAAUGCAUUUUCGCACCUGGACAUGCGAGUCGAAGUCAAGAUCCCGGGAAGUCUGGAAGCGUACUGCAUCGAUGAGCAUGGAGACAAGCGCAUGGCCACGGAUGCGCUCUGGCUGGAAACUUUCCUUUGCGCCGUUCUGAGAGCAUACCUGUAUGCCGAUGAUGGUAGCGGAAAUGCUAUCAAGAAGAUCGUCGGAGUCAGACGGUUUAAUCCGGUGACGAACACGGAGAUGGAACACAAGUUCUUGGAUGCUGCGGAGAAGCUCUUCUUCUUGGGUCGCCAGCUCAGCUCAGACCCCGAAACCCAAGUCCCCAACACUGUCAGCAACCACCUAACCUCCGGUAUCCUCAAAUACAUCUACACAACCGGCCGGUACACUUCUGGAAUCAACCUGUUUGAGAAGCUGCGCACACGAGAUGUGGAGGUCUCAUCCCUCCUGGCUCGUGUACAAAUUAUGGCGGACGAGGAGGUGCAAGCAGUGCGGUUGAUGUACGACGCCCUGCAAGAUGUUCCGAUGGACUAUGCUCUGCUUGAUUGCCAGGCGAAUUUCUGCCAGAGCAAGGGCGAGGGCGAAAUGGCCCUCGAAUGUGCCAAACGUGCCGUCACUGCUGCGCCAAGUGAAUUCAGCACUUGGGCUCGCUUGGCGGAAGUCUAUGUUGGCAUGGAACAGUGGGAUUUGGCUCUUUUGACGCUCAACUCUUGCCCUAUGUUCACAUACCAAGAUAAAGACACUCCGCGCAUGCCGCAACCGUCUCGUAUCAUGCUACCGAUCCUUUCGGAGAGCAUUCUCGAUGAGAUUGACGAGGGUCAGCCUAAGCAAGGGGAUCCUCAUGAUUAUGUUCACCCUUCCCUCCGGAAGUUGCACGCUGCCGGAUACCAGGGAACGUUCCUCAAAGCCUACAACCUUCUGACAAAGAUAGCCGCCGCAAUUGGAUGGGACCAAUUGCUCAAGGUCCGCAGCGAAGUUUUUGUCAUGGAAGAGGAAUAUCGCGUGGAGCGCCACCAUGAGCCGAAGCCUGCACAAUCACUCGGAGCAGAGACGAACGGAGAAUUGGUUGAGGAAGACGAGGAAGAAGGUGAAGAGGAUUCAGGCUCUGUGUCUGGGCCUGGCCCCACUGAGCCCGUCUCCGAGCCUACCGCCAACGGCAAUGGAAAUGAGACCCCAGUUAAUAGCUCCAUUGAGCGCCCAGAACAAUCAAUGGCCUCCGAGGUCGUUAAGUCUGGAAACGACGAUCCCGACCCGUCGCACAGCACAUAUACGCAGUUCCGGAACAAGCGCCUUUGCGAGCGGUGGUUGGACAAUUUGUUCAUGGUCCUUUACGAGGAUCUUCGCAUCUACACUAUCUGGCGAACUGAGAUGGCCCAGUUCCGCCAGCAGGCUAUGGAAUACAAGAAAUCGCCCACCGAAUGGGAAAUCCUCGGUGAACUUGCAGAGCGACUGCACCACUUUGACGAGGGCAUCGAGGCCUAUCAGAGCUGCUUAGCAACUCGAUUCUCGCCUAAGGCCAUGCGCGGUCUUCUGAAGUUAUACGAGAAGAGGAAUGACACCAGAGGCAUGCUGGGCGCCUUGAUUCGCUUGAUCGCAUGGCAGUAUCGCUGGUACUCUGAGUUCUCCCCGGAACUGUUGUUUUUGAUGCGCAAACUUAUCGAGGAUGAGGGUGCCGUCAAGGUCCGAAGUAUCGUCCAGGCCACCAAUUUGCCUCAGCCUAUCCUGGAUCUCACACACCAGUAUUGCCAGCUCUGCGCCACGUUCCGCAGCAGCGGCAGCGACACCUAG